CUGAUGCUCAUCCACCAUGCUCAUCCAAUGUACCGACUGGUACGUGUUCGCCAGGUGUGUCGCUCGCCCAGCGCACGCAGAUGGUGUAUCUUGUUUUGCCUGGACUCAUCUAGUCCCGGUGCCGCUCACCGAACUGACCCCAUGGGAGGACUCAGCGCGACGCCAUGCAUUGCACGGCCUUAUACCCUUCCGGCGCUGAACAGGCUGAACACUUCCCCCGGGACACAGCCUGGGAACACAGCGUGAUGGGGGCCGUCGUAUAUGGGGACACACUCGUCCGAUACAAUCCCGCCGUCUGCCCUUAUCUGACAAUCCUCACCAUGUCCGUCCCCCAACCCCCGACGGCGAAGGCGCCGCUUGACAUCCUCAUCGUCGGCUGCGGCCUCGGCGGGCUCUCAGCCGCAUGCGCGCUGACCGACGCCGGCCACAAAGUCACCAUGGUCGAGGCCGCAGCGACCAUUGGCGAUGUUGGCGCGGGCAUCCAGGUCUCGCCGAAUGUCACCCGCCUCCUCGUACGCUGGGGCAUCGGUGAUGCGCUCGCGAAGGUCGCGGUCAAGCCCGCACGGUUCGUCACGCGACGUUACAGCAAUGGCAAGGUCAUCGGCGUGACGCCACUCAAUGGGGAGGGCAUCACCACGCCGGAGCUGCCGUACUACAAUGUCCACCGCGCGGACCUCCAUCGUCUCCUCUAUGAACGGGUCGCGCCCCGCGUAGCACUGAGGCUGAACUGCAGGGUGGUGAGUGUGGACCCGGAGGCGCCGAGCUUGACGCUGGAGUCCGGGGAGGUGUUGCACGGAGAUCUGGUGAUCGGCGCAGACGGUGUGCACAGUACGCUCCAGCAGGCAGUCGUGGGCCAAAAAAUACCUGCCACACCGACGGGCGAUGCCGCGUACCGAGCCCUGAUACCCACCGAAUUGCUGCUGAAAGAUCCGGAUCUGAAGUCGUUCGUGGAGAACCCGGAAGUGACUUCGUGGAUGGGGCCGCACAGGCACAUCGUCGCGUACAACGUGCGCGCGUGCGAAUUAUACAACAUCGUCCUGGCUCACCCUGACAAAGGUUCAGUGGAGUCAUGGACCGCAGAGGGCAGCGCGGAGCUUAUGAGAGCGGGCUAUACGGACUUCGAGCCGAGAGUACAGAAGUUGCUCGGACUCAUCGAGAGUACGCUCGAGUGGCGGCUGCUCGACCGCCAGCCGCUCAAGACAUGGAUGCAUCCGGCCGGAAAGCUCACGCUUCUCGGUGAUGCGUGCCAUCCCAUGCUUCCUUACCGCGCCCAAGGUGCCGCCAUGGCUAUGGAAGACGCUGCUAUCAUCGGAACCCUCCUGUCACACAUCACCUCCGUCAGCCAACUCCCCAAGUUCCUCAAAGCAUACGAGGACCUCCGCCUCCCCCGCGCAACCGCAAUGCAGAACGAAAGCCGGCUGAACCAGCACUACGUACACAUGCCGGACGGCCCGGAGCAGGAGCAGCGCGACACGGGCAUAUGGAACGUCUUUUCGGGCGAGAAGGAGAAGGGCCCGGAGAGCGCGGGCGAGGUGGUCGCGGGGAGCGCCGAGAUCAGCGCGACGGACGCGGAAUCGAAGAGCGCGGGCGGGAGGGCCGAGAGGCAGAAGGUCGCGACGCACUUUGGGUACGACGCCAUCGGGGAUGCGGAACGAUGGUGGCGAGACGUCGGCAUCAAGGAAAUUUAG